CUUGGCCCUUGCCCGCCGCGCCUGCCCCACUACGCGGCGGGGUACUCGGCCGCCUUGGCCCCUUCGCGCUGCCGUCUUUUCCGGCAGUUGGAGCGCUUCCUGUUGUCCUCACCCGCAACCGCCCCUCGGCCCGGACUCCAGAGUCCCUCAGGCGUCCCCUCGUCUCUUCUGGUCGGCCGGGUGCUGCCGCUGGGGCUUCGCCUGUCCGCCCGUCGAGAGACAUCGCUGGCCGCGCCGGCGUCCGCGGCUGGUCGCCGCCCCCAGCCCUUCUUCCCCCGGGGCUCUGCAGCCAUGGCAAUGACAGGCUCAACACCUUGCUCAUCCAUGAGUAAUCACACAAAGGAAAGGGUGACAAUGACCAAAGUGACACUGGAGAAUUUUUAUAGCAACCUUAUCGCUCAACAUGAAGAACGAGAAAUGAGACAAAAGAAGUUAGAAAAAGUGAUGGAAGAGGAAGGCCUAAAGGAUGAAGAGAAACGACUGAGGAGAUCAGCACAUGCUCGGAAGGAAACAGAGUUUCUUCGUUUGAAGAGAACAAGACUUGGAUUGGAAGAUUUUGAAUCCUUAAAAGUAAUAGGCAGAGGAGCAUUCGGUGAGGUGCGGCUUGUUCAGAAGAAAGAUACAGGGCAUGUGUAUGCGAUGAAAAUACUCCGUAAAGCAGAUAUGCUUGAAAAAGAGCAGGUUGGCCACAUUCGUGCGGAGCGUGACAUUCUAGUGGAGGCAGACAGUUUGUGGGUUGUGAAAAUGUUCUAUAGUUUUCAGGAUAAGCUAAACCUCUACCUAAUCAUGGAGUUCCUGCCUGGAGGGGACAUGAUGACCCUGUUAAUGAAAAAAGAUACCCUGACAGAAGAGGAGACUCAGUUUUAUAUAGCAGAAACAGUAUUAGCAAUAGACUCCAUUCACCAACUUGGAUUCAUCCACAGAGACAUCAAGCCAGACAACCUUCUCCUGGACAGCAAGGGCCACGUGAAGCUUUCUGACUUUGGCCUUUGCACAGGACUGAAAAAAGCACAUAGGACUGAAUUUUAUAGGAAUCUGAACCACAGCCUCCCCAGUGAUUUCACUUUCCAGAACAUGAAUUCCAAAAGGAAAGCAGAAACCUGGAAAAGAAAUAGACGUCAGCUAGCUUUCUCCACAGUAGGCACUCCUGACUACAUUGCUCCUGAGGUGUUCAUGCAGACCGGGUACAACAAACUCUGUGAUUGGUGGUCGCUCGGCGUGAUCAUGUACGAGAUGCUUAUCGGCUACCCACCUUUCUGUUCUGAGACCCCUCAAGAGACAUAUAAGAAGGUGAUGAACUGGAAAGAAACUUUGACUUUUCCUCCAGAAGUUCCUAUUUCUGAGAAAGCCAAGGAUCUAAUUUUGAGAUUCUGCUGUGAGUGGGAACAUAGAAUUGGAGCCCCUGGAGUUGAGGAAAUCAAAAGUAACUCUUUUUUUGAAGGCGUUGACUGGGAACAUAUCAGAGAGAGACCUGCUGCAAUAUCUAUUGAAAUCAAAAGCAUCGAUGAUACCUCAAACUUCGAUGAGUUUCCGGAGUCUGAUAUCCUUAAGCCAACAGUGGCUACAAGUAAUCACCCUGAGACUGACUACAAGAACAAAGACUGGGUCUUCAUCAAUUACACAUACAAGCGCUUUGAGGGCCUGACGGCUCGGGGGGCAAUACCUUCCUACAUGAAAGCAGCAAAAUAGUAUCCUUGAACUAGAACCCUAAAUGGAGCGGAGUUCUUUGUACAACAUUGCGGUUUUCCUCUCACAUGCUCUUUUGAAAGAGUUUCCAAGAAGUUUCCGGAACCCACCGGUGUGUCAUGGUAAACUCCUGAAAUGCGAUAGUAAGUGGAGUCUCUUCCGUAAUGCAUCCGAAAACCUGUAGAACAAAGACGACCAUUUCUACUGCAUCGGCCAUAAACAGCUGUGCUGCUUCUUCAGAAGCAUCGUGAGCCAAUUUGAUAGAGGUUUUAAAAAACUCGUUUUCCUAAGUUCAUCAGAAUGAAGGAGAAAAAACAGCCAUCAUCAAACAUUAUUGAGAUUGUAACACGUACUUACUGAAUAUCAGCCAAUUUCUGUGAUUUUUGUGACAGACACGCUUUCUGCCAAGCCCACCAAGUAUUUCUUUUCCUUUACAGCUAAAAGCUCCAUAGUACUAAGGAAAUAAAGCAAUAACGAAAGCCUCAGCAGCCAGCACUCUGGCUGAGGAGACGCCCCACCGUCCUCUGAGGGGGUGGUGGGGGGCUUCUCCCCAUACCUCGGCCUCGGGCGAGUGGCUUGGGUAGCCACCAUUCACGGUGCACUUUAUUUAUGGUACUAGCAUAAAGACCCGCAAUCCAGUGAUUUCUCUCCUCCUGCCCAUCUAAAAUACUCAAGCUGCUUUUCUGAGUGUUGAUGGGGGAUACUAGCUCCAUCUCUCACUGCUUUCAGAAGGCCCAGAAGCCACGGGGCCUUGCCAAGGAGUCCCAGAUCACGUGGAAAACCUUCAGUGUCUCUUCAAGGCCGUAUCAGAAAAUCCCUAAGACGGACGUUGUCGUGGACCAGCGAUAGCCACAGGCGCUGCCAGCAGGAACUCGGUUCCUUCCUGGGAACACAGCAGGGAGAGUCCGGGCAGAGGCAGGAAGCCUGGAACCUCUCUUGGCUAAGGUGCUGCUCCUGCUUGGUCUCUGGAACCUCCUUGGAAGUGAAGGAACCCGCCCCCUAGAAAGUGCAGAGCCAGCCUACGAAUCUGUGUAAAGUUCACUCCUCAGUCCUUGAUGCAGCCGUGUUUUGUCUUCUCUCUCGGUAUUUCUCCUCUCCGAUUUAAGUAACCAUUUUGCCUUGGAAUCAUGAUUACGAAUUUUUCCUUUGCAGAUGCCUUCCUGGGGGAUGCGCCUCUCCACCCAAAGGGUAGCCUGCAGCUCUGGCUGACCAGGCCUCUCUGCUGUGGCAUUCUCACGAGAGACCCUCUGAAUUUUAGCACAAAGUGCCUUUUCUUUCACAGCUGCCACCACCUUUAGAGGAAUUUUGCUGCGUCAGAAAAAUGUGGAGGCUCCAUUUUAAUGCAUUAUUUUAAAAUUUUUGAUAACUCUUCAAGCAUCAUUUGCACCUGUGUGGUAAUUUUGCCUGUUGCAAAGCAUCAUGGCCAAGCUACAACUGGGAGUCUGCUUUCUGCUAGGCUUGAGGUUAGGAUCAACUUGACAGUGUGUCCUAGCUCAGCCAUUCAGCAAAGAAAAAUGGGGUAAUAUCAGAGUUACAGUAGUAAAUGAAACUGCUUUGGGUUUUAAUGUCUUAGAGGAAGAAAAAAAAGGAAUAUAGGGAAGUAUUAACUUUGGAUGAAGGUAAUGUUUGCCCCUUAAUCUUUCAUUCGUGGUCUGUUAGUGACAAGGAAGUAAAUGAGAUUCUUUUGUGUAACUUGGUAGUUCCUUUGUAUUACCCAAUAGUUGACGUUUUGAUCCCCAGGUGUUUUGCAAGUAUGUGUGGUAAGCACGCUCAAGAGAAGUUAACAGGAGUGGUGAUGGUGUGUGGGGAGUGGCAGGGGAUGGUUUGUUUUAGGGGAAAAUGCCCACAUUUUAAACUUCUGAAUAAAACUGUGUGAGAAAACACCGUGAA